AUGCCAAGGAGACGAAACGGUGAGAUACCCUUGCCCGACGGAUGGGAUUACGCGAGGGACUUUGACGGUAAACUCUAUUUCAUCGACCACAACAGUAGAAAAACGACGUGGAUUGACCCGCGAGACAGUCUUACGAAGCCCCAAUCGUUUGCGGACUGCAUUGGCAAUGAACUGCCGCUUGGUUGGGAGGAGGCCUACGACCCACAAAUCGGGCCAUACUACAUCAACCAUGUCAAUCAGGUGACGCAGCUAGAAGACCCGAGGUUAGAAUGGCUGAGCAUUCAGGAGGCAAUGCUGAGGGACUACCUCCACACUGCCCAAGAGGCUCUAGAGUUUAGGUCAUUAGCCUUCUGCACUCCGUCGACUUUGGGUUUCCUCGCCAUGUUUCCCUUCACCAUAGCAUUCAUGCACAUAGACAAAAAGUCACUUGGUCCAGAGUCCACCAAAUCCAACACUCCCAUACAAUUACGAGUAUUGACUCGAGUCUAUAGGUAA